AUGAAAGUCUUCAUAAAGCUGCUCAAUACUCCCCCUAGAGGUAUAAUUCUAAAAUGGCACACAUCAUAAUAAACUGUAUUAAGUGAUAUCUAAUGAAUCAGACCAUAAUAAACCAGUGUCCAUUAAAGAGAUGUAGUCCACAAACUCUGGAGUGUCGAAGGUUGCCUACCCCUGUUAUAGACUGUAAGUUAGGUUCUAAUUCUAAAUAAAUGUACCAGUUACCUUGAAACAGCAUUGUUCAAUAUUUUACUAUCAAUUCCUGGAUCAUUUACCUUGUAGUUUAUUUACAGUACUCACAAUGCGAGAGAGAUAAAAGGAAGGUUUGUAAUUCUAUUUCUUUUCUUUACAGCAGAUGGCUCUCUAAACACAAGUGAAACGGAUGAUUUACCCAUCCAUGUUCUGUCAGUGAAUCGUGUGACUGAAGGUAGAGUCGCAGGUGAUCAGGGAGAAAAUUCUGUGACAUUUAAUGACCUAAGUAAGAGACCAAGUGAAUCUGUGAUAUCUGAAACCGCUUUAUAUGAAGAAAGAAAUCUACCAGAUGGAGAGAUUUACUCAGUGAAAGAAUGUUCCCAAACAAAAUCCACAGUACACACGGAAUAUCCAUCUAUUCAUAUUAAGGAGGAACCAACCUCAUGUGAAGAAGGGGAUCUCACAAACACUGACAUGUAUACACCCAGAGGACAGACAGAAUAUUCAUCUACUUAUAUUAAUGAUGAUCCAGUCUUAUGUGAAGAAGGGAAUCUCACAAAUUCUGACAUUUAUACACUCAUAGAACAUAUACAUUAUCAAUCCACACCUACUAAGGAGGAACCAGCCUUAUGUGACGAAGGGAAUAUCACAGACACUGGCAUUAUUACACAUGGAGAACAGACAGAAUAUCCAUCUUCUCAUCUUAAGGGGGAUCCAGUCUCAUGUAAAAAAAGGAAUCUCACAGAAACUGACAUUUAUACACCUGCAGAACAUACACAGUAUCUAUCGACACAUAUUAAGGAGGAACCAGCCUUAUGUGAUGAAGGAAACGUCACAAUCACUGACAUUUAUACACCCACAGAACUUACACAGACAGAAUGUCCAUUUACUCCUGUUACUGAGGAUUCAGCCUUCUGUGAAGAAGGAAGUCAUAAAUCAAGGCUUAUUGCCCAUAAACGUAUUCAUAAUGGAGAGAAACCGUUCUCUUGCUCUGAGUGUGGGAAAUGUUUCAAUCUGAAAGGCAACUUAAAUAAACAUCUCAGGAUUCACACAGGAGAGAAACCAUUUUCAUGUUCUGAAUGUGGGAAAUGUUUCAGUCAUAAAUCAAGUCUUAUUGCCCAUGAACAAAUUCAUCGUAAGGAGAAUCCUUUCUCCUGCUCUGAGUGUGGGAAAUGUUUCAAGCUGAAAGGCAACUUAAAUAAACAUCUCAGGAUUCACACAGGAGAGAAACCAUUUUCAUGUUCUGAAUGUGGGAAAUGUUUUGCUCAAAGAUACAACUUUUAUACACAUCUCAGGAUUCACACAGGAGAAAAACCAUAUUCAUGUUCUGAAUGUGGGGAAUGUUUCAAUUAUAAAUCAAGGCUUAUUGCCCAUGAACAGAUUCAUCGUAAGGAGAAACCUUUCUCCUGCUCUGAGUGUGGGAAAUGUUUUAAUCUGAAAGGCAACUUAAAUAAGCAUCUCAUGAUUCACACAGGAGAGAAACCGUUUUCAUGUUCUGAAUGUGGGAAAUGUUUCAGUCAUAAAUCAAGUCUUAUUGCCCAUGAACAGAUUCAUCGUAAGGAGAAUCCUUUCUCCUGCUCUGAGUGUGGGAAAUGUUUCAAUCUGAAAGGCAACUUAAAUAAACAUCUAAGGAUUCACACAGGAGAGAAACCAUUUUCAUGUUCUGAAUGUGGGAAAUGUUUUGCUCAAAAAUACAACUUUUAUACACAUCUCAGGAUUCACACAGGAGAAAAACCAUAUUCAUGUUCUGAAUGUGGGGAAUGUUUCAAUUAUAAAUCAAGGCUUAUUGCCCAUGAACAGAUUCAUCGUAAGGAGAAACCUUUCUCCUGCUCUGAGUGUGGGAAAUGUUUUAAUCUGAAAGGCAACUUAAAUAAACAUCUCAUGAUUCACACAUGA